AUGGAAGAAAAACAUCAAUCUCCUAUUAUUUUCAAUAACAAUCAGACAACUCCAUCUUCAUCUCUAACAAAAAGAUCAAUAACCUUAAAACCAUCAAAACAACAAAGCAAUCACAACAAGAAAAUCAAAUCCAGUACUGAAAAAACCAAGAAAAUUGAUGACUCAAAACACCCAAUUUACCACGGUGUUCGAAAACGAAGCUGGGGUAAAUGGGUGUCUGAAAUUCGCGAGCCGAGGAAAAAAUCAAGAAUUUGGCUUGGUACUUUUUCUACUGCUGAAAUGGCUGCCAGAGCACAUGAUGUAGCUGCAAUGGCCAUUAAAGGUCACUUAGCUUUACUCAAUUUCCCUGAAUUAGCUCAUCAGUUUCCUAAACCAGCUUCGAAAUGCGCUAAAGAUAUUCAAUCUGCAGCCGCGAAGGCUGCAGCUUUGAAUAUUUCACCAAGAAAUUUUAUGGAAAAACAGAGUAAAUAUGAGUUAAUGGAAAUGCCCUGUUCUCCUGAAGAAACAGAGUCAACAGAAUCAUCUUUGAGGAGUAAUAGCGAAGACCCUUUUCUUGAUUUGCCAGAUCUUCUUAUGGAUCUUACUCAAAAAUUUGAUAAAUUCUGUUACGACAAUUCACCAUGGGAUUUGGCUGGAGCUGAAAGCAAUGACUCUAAUUACAGUGAAUUUUGGCCUCAAGAAGAUCUGUGUUUGUGGGACUACAGACUCGAAGCCCCACAAUUGUAA